AUGGGGAAUUUGUCAAUAAAUCUAAAGCCUAAUUUUAUGGGUUUAUUAAAAUGUUUAAACAGUAUAAAUUGGUUUAUUGUGUUUUUUAGUCUAAUUAAUUUAUCCAUGUGCAUUUAUGAGGAUCAAAUCGGGAAGUUCGACUGGCGCCAAAGCUACGUUGGGCGUAUAAAGUUCGCCCAAUUCGAUACGGUUUCAACCGCCAGGAAGAUAAUAGUAGCGACCGAAGAGAAUGUUUUAGCUGCACUCAAUCUGAAGACAGGGCAGGUUGUGUGGAGGCAUGUGUUUGAGAGUACAUCUUCUGGCAACAUCCAGUUGCUGCAUCUAUCAGAUCAAAUAAUCACCGUGACGGGCUCCAAUCCUUAUCUCGUUAGAGGAUGGGACUUGAGUACUGGCGUACUAAUUUGGGAAUGGGGCCUCACCCUCCAGAAGAAUGAGCACACUGAUUUCUCCGAAUGGUGGGUCCAGAAUGGUCUGCUUGUUCAUAUGGUGCCCAAAUUUGGCUCUCACAUUGAGGUCAGCGUCUACAAUGUAGCUACUGGACAUAAUCGAGGAGCAACUUCAAAACUACCUGCUGUUUGGAUCAAUGAGGGCUGUGUCUUAUCUCCACCAUACUACACCUGUAUCUCUGGAUCUCCCGGAAACCAGCUGCUCUUAUCCAUGGAUGUUACGUCUGAUGCUGUACAAAUCAUAAGCAAACCUUUAGCAGAAUACACAACGGCAAGAAAUGCAAACCUGAAUCCCUUCGACACUAACACAGUCAUACCAGGGUUUCUAUUAAAUGAAAAAAUCAUAUUGAUCCGUGGCAAUAAGUUUGAAGCGAUCAAUAUAGCUGUCAGUGAGCCAUCUGCAAGUGUUGCUUUAGUUGAUAGCGCUAGUGGACCAUUGGUUUUGCAGACUUGGAAUGACGAGGCUAAGGGUUUCACCUUAACGGCCCACAAUUUAGUUUCUGGGCAAAGGGUAAAUGAGAUUGGCUGGUCAGACCGCAGUCUGUCGAUACCGGAGCCGGAGUUGUCUGCGGUGAUUUGCACUAAAACAGCCAGGGAACAGCAUGUAUGCAGGAUCCUGGUCACUGCUGCCGAUGAUGCCAGCCAUUUGAUACAACAAGAAGGGAGAGUGCUAUGGACUCGUGAGGAAGCCCUGGCCAAUGUGGUGGCUGUCGAGUUUGUGGAUUUGCCAGUGUCAGACUUGGAUGCAGCUAUUGAAUCGGAAUUUGAUCAGAAAGAAGCAGCCAAGAUGCACAGUUCGGUAUUGGCGGCGUUCACCCGGCGGCUGCAGAGUCAGUUCCAGCAGCUGCAGGGCGCGGUGCGGACGCUGCUGGCGGGGGAUGCGGCGGCCGCGGACGAGCCCCCGCCCCUCGUGCGCGACUACUUCAAUCUGCACAAGAUCAUGGUGCUCCUGACGGACGCCGGCAAGAUCUUCGGCAUGGACAAUUUGUCGGGCGAGAUACUGUGGAAGCUGUACGAGCCGAACCUGAACACGGAGGCGGCGGUCAUGUUCACGCGGCGGUCGGCGCGCCACCCGCCGCACGACGCCUACCUCACUAUCGUCGGAAAACACGAGGAAACAGGCAACGGUCUGAUCGUCAGUUUAAAUCCGAUCCGAGGCACUCCCGUCGGGGAGCAGACCUUGCACUUGGACGUGCAGAUCUUACAAUGUGCGGUCCUGUACAAAGCAGACGCUCAGAAGCUCCACGCGCUCAUACUGCUCGAUAAGGACGAGAACGUGCAGAUCCUGCCGGAGUCCUCGGCGCCGCUGGUGGAGAACAUGUACAUGCACGUGGCCGACCGGAGCUCCGCCGUGGUCCGGGGCUACGCCUUGCGGCACGACGGGGAGCGCGUGUCGGCAAAGAAUAUUUGGUCGGUGGACCUGUCCGGGGGCGGGUCGCAGCGCGUGGUGUGGUCCGUGAGCAAACCGGCCGCCGAGCGCAUCCACUCCGCGGGCCGCGUGCUGCCGGACCGCAGCGUGCUGUACAAGCACCUCAACCCCAACCUCGUGCUGCUCCUCACCGAGGGACCGGACCCCGUGCACAAAGACGUGGUGGUGGCGACGUGCGUGGACGGCGUGUCGGGCGGCGUGCUGAGCGCGCACGUGCACCGGCGCGCGCGCCGCCCCGCGCUCCCGCUGCACUCCGAGCACUUCCUCGCCUACCUCUACUACAACGACAAGCAGCGCCGCCACGAGAUCGCCACCCUGGAGCUGUACGAGGGCCCGGAGCGCUGGGUGCCGGCGGGCGCGGCGUUCAGCUCGCUGCGGGGGGCGCGCGCGCCGCACGUGCAGCGCCACGCCUACAUCGUGCCCGCCGCGCCCGCCGCCGCCGCGCUCUCCGCCACCGAGCGCUCGCUCACCGACAAGCACGUGCUGCUGGCGCUGAGCACGGGCGCGAUCGUGGAGCUGCCGUGGGCGCUGCUGGAGCCCCGGCGCGCGCUGUCCCCGGCGGGCGAGGCGCGCGAGGAGGGCCUGGUGCCCUACGCGCCCGAGCUGCCGCUGCCCGCCGAGGCCGUCGUCAACUACAACGCGACGCUGCUCCGCCUCACCCGCAUACACACCGCGCCCUCCGGACUCGAGUCCACCAGCCUCGUGCUCGCCACCGGACUGGACCUGUUCUACACGAGGAUAGCUCCGUCGAAGACCUUCGACCUUCUCAAGGACGACUUCGACUAUUACCUCAUCAGCGUGGUGCUCGCCGCGCUGGUGCUCGCCACGUACAGCACCAAGUACUUCGCCGCGAGGAAGAUGCUCAAGAUGGCCUGGAAGUGAGCAGCAGAGUCUGCAGCGCGACACCAAAUAUCGCUUACUUACAACGGAAACGACAAAACUGGUACACGCUCACUCACAAUAACCGGAAAUUACAUAUUUAAAUCUGUUGGGCACGUGCGUUGUCCCUGAGCGGCCGUCUCCGACUGGGUUCGUUGUGGCCGGCGUUACCAUGGCAACACUGAGUAGCACAGCGCCAUCUAUCGCACGUACACGUAAAUUAUGAAGCAUUUAUCACCGGCCCGUUAUGAUUAAUGAAUUUAUAGUAUUGUUAAUUGAUAAUUCUUCGAAAGGACACAUUGACGAUAUGCGAGUAUUAUGAAAUAGUUGAGUAAUUGUUGGAUUGUG